UCGGCGCGCACGGUUUCGGAGCGGGUGUUUCUCUGCGAAGCUCGUGGAAAUACCGUCGGCGGUUUAAAUGGAGACCCUUUGUGAAACGAUGAUCGUGUGAUCGACAUGUCGAGUGCGAGGGUUGGACGAAAGUAGAGUGGCACUGGAUUCUGCACAAAUAAUAAUCGGCGAAGUGGAUUGCGCGAGUAUACGAGACUUCGAUUAUAUUAUCAGAAUUAACUUGUCAAAAGUGCGAUAAAAAUUGAAGAAAACUUUGCAAGAGAAUCAUGAUUCUAUAUUGUCGCUAUGACGUAUAAAUAAAAACUCGAGUUCGAUCGAGUUCGGAUGAAAAAUCCAUCGGGACCAAUCGAAAUGUAAAUGAAGAUACUCGUUAUUCAGGACGCGAGAAUUUUACUAAAGUUUGUGAUCUUUUCCUUAUUUAAAUUUUAGUUAGUUUUUAAUUGAAGCAAUAUCGAUUCGUCGAAGGCUUGCAUCGAUCAUGUAGUCGCGAGGCGGUGUCUCAAUGAUGAGAAACUGAAUCCGGCAUCGCGGGUGAUGUUUUAGAAUUAAGUAUAGUGGGAAAGAUACGACUUUUUCCAGCCGAUAAUUUUGAAUUAUUUGGAAACUCUUAGUGUACAUAAAGAAGUGUAAGGUGAACAUACGCGAACAAACGGUUCUGACCACCCUUUACAAAUUCAUCUCACGAAAUGAAGGACUUCAAACACUCACCCUAAACCGAAUUCUUAGAUUCCAGUUUUCCAGUUUCCAGUUUUCAACCGCUGUUAUAUCAUUAGACGUAUCAUCAUUAUGACAAAGCAACGGCAUCGACUUUUUCAUCAAGCGACGUGAUGACUACCAAAAACUUCUGGAGACAGCAACGUCCGAUUGGGGGAAGAUGAACGAGAUGGAGCAGAUUCCUGAGGGCUGAGAUCGCGCAGAUCUUCGAGAUGGCUGGUUGGAGAAUGCAGCCGACCGCUACGGUGCUCGGCGUCAUCGCCAUUGUCAUGAUCACUACCACUACGUCAGAAACCGAGAGCGGCGUGAAUCAUCUCGAGGAGGAAGAUCAGCGUCUCGACGAAAGGAUCGCGACGAACCGCACCUUCGAGGCCUCCAGCUGGUCUCGCGGUAACAAUACAGCGGCCUUCGAGGAAGUUAUUUCCGCCCGUGCGCUCGAGUAUCCGGUCUCGCUCGUUACCGUGAUCGAAGCUCAUUUCGAGAAUACGUCAAAGAGAUACGUCGACAAUCAGAUGGUAUUCGCCUUCAAGAGGCUCGAGGACUCGGAACAGGCGCCAGCGAUGUUGGAGCACGCUGAGGAUUCUCGAGGAGCGAACGAGUCCGCGAUCGAAAAGCCGAAGGACGAAUGGCUGACGUUGACGCCGGUGGGGUUGAAGGAGGAAGACGUCUCGAAAUACGAAAGCGACCAGAGAAACGUGGAGGACAUCAGGGCGAUCUCGUUCCAAGUGCCGCCGCCGAACGAGGAGGAGGACUAUCAGGACGCUCGACAGCAGGGGAAGACCAACGUCGGCCAGAUGGACGAGACGCAAAAGCUCGGCGAGACGAGGAAGAAUCAGUCGAGACCGGCGAACAAUCUACUGCUGACCGGCAAGUCGACGAAGGCCUUCUACGAGAUCAAACCGUCGAUCAGGACGCUCGAGACGGAUCGCGGUCGCGAUCAUCAGUUCCUGACGACCACUCACAGGACCCUGUCCGGCAGGAAGUUCGUUCUGCCCAGCGUCGACAGCGCCUUCGGCAAAUUCGGCCCGUACUUCGAGGACGGCGAUCGAGAGAUCAACGUCACCGCGCGGAUCGGCAGCACCGUCUUGCUGGACUGUAAAAUCGGCAUGUUGGGCGAUAAACAGGUGACGUGGCUGCAACAUGGUAAGGAUGAUUCGUUUCGUCUGUUGACAGUGGGCAGAUUGCCGUACAGCAACGACCAAAGAAUCAGUCUUAAUUUUCGAUAUCCCAGCAAUUGGAGAUUGCAGAUAUUAUAUGCGAACCCGCGCGAUUCGGGAUUAUAUAAGUGCCAAGUCGCCACGCAUCCAGUGCUGGUUAAAAAAAUCAAUGUCGUCGUUACAGCGCCGAGUCUGACGAUCAGCGAUGAUUCCGGACGUAUAGUUUCUAAAGAGAGACAUUUGAAGGCAGGCAGUGUUCUCAGACUCAGAUGCGAGGCGAGAGACGUGCUAGAAUCGCUGAACGAGUCUGUCGUUUGGACCAGAGGAGACGAAACGCUCAGCGAGGACAUUAGCGAGAACAGAACGACGGAGAUCUCGGCGGGCAAGGAGGUCCUCGUGAUUGUCAGCACUCUCAUCGUGGAGAGGGCCAGCCCGAGGCACGCCGGAAACUAUAGCUGCAUGGUGCCCGGCAAAGCCAAGACCACCGUCGCGGUCCACGUUCUCAACGGUGAACUGCCAGCCGCCGUGCACGACGGCAACGGAGUUUCGAGAGCGUUCCUUAAUCUUUGGCUGGUUCACCUGACAAUGAGCUAUGUCUUCACCAGAUGACAGUACUAAGAUUAUUUCAUCCAGUGUCUGGAUUUUUAUUCCGGAUGCAUUUGCACGUCUCGACGGAUGCAGACAGGCAGGUGCCACAGAUGCAACAAUGCAGUUCAGUGCAAUGAUGCGGCGGAUUGUAUGCUCAUCAUCGAGAUUACACAUCAUCACCUCGAUCAGUGGUGAAUCGGUGCGCAUCGCACGAUCCGAUCUCGAUGUGAUCGAUGUAGUAUCGUACGGUACCUCGUGUCGCAAAGAUUUACAGUGUUACACACAUCUCCGCAAAUAUGUAGCCUCAAGGAGCUCGAACAUCGGAAGCUGAUACUAUAACGAUUCCGACAGGAAUCCAAGUAGUGUAUAAAAAUCAUAGCAGGAACCCUCAACAAUCUCGAGAAGAUGGUGAAUGGAAGAUUCUUCAUCGAGGUAAAAUUUUAUUAAAAGUGGGCCACUGUACAGUUUGUUAAGUUAUUUUCAUUGAGAUAAGUUGUGAGAAAAAUCGAAGACUUGGACACUUUUUGCUCAUCGCUGUCUAAUAGUGAGGAAAAUCCGUGUGUCGAUAAGACAAGACGGGGUGCUGUGAUGGCGAAGCCAAUGACAGGUUGCAAUAUAUAUAGUAUCCUUCAGAAUUUUAUUUACGAAGAAAUGCCCUUCUCUUAACGCGAAGUCUUAUUUUCUCAAAAGCUUGAUAUAAUAGCGAGAUGAACUUAUUUAAAAUAUUCCUCAUAAACACGAAAUAAAUACACACAGAUAUUAUUAUUAAAAAUGUAAUAAUAAUGAUUCAUGGUGUAUUGCAAGUUCGA